AUGUUUCGUUUCCACAAGUCGCUUGACAUCGUCACCGUCUUCCACAAGGCAAGCUCCCCAGCUUCCACCAGAGUUGCCAACUUGGUCAAGCAGAUUUCUGCCAAUGCCCAAGCCGGAGCUACUCUUGACCAGGCCAGCGACCAUACUGCGCAGACAAAGGCAACCCGCGAUCCAUUCGAGCUCAAUAUUACCGAGGAACCUCCUACCGUCGAGCAGGUCCAAACCAUCCUCGACUAUGUUGGCAAAGGCGGCGUUGCCAGCGUUAUCAAAGGAGCCCGCGAUGAGAAGGAUGCAUUGAAGAAAUUUCGUGAGAGCAAGGAGAACUUUUUGAGGCCGGUGACUGUGGACUGGAACAAUGGCAAGGCCAUUGCUGGAGACAGAGAGAGCGAAAUCCUCAAGCUUCUGAAGGCGCAAGCCUCGGAUUAA